UCCAAAAGCCAAUCUCAGGAGAAGUCACAAGGAACCACGUGGCCGUGGCCGUGGCCAUGGCGAAAAGCAUUAUGUUUCUCAAAAAGUUUUUUUUUAAAAAAAAAAAAAAAAAGAUAAACAAAAGUUUAACCAGUAGAACAUUUCGUCCACGUUACCUCCACAAUGGAAGAGUGUAGUCAAAAAGAGGGGUCUGUUAGUUGGUCUUAACCACAUCCACAUGUUAGUUGUAGACUGGUGGUGUAGUACAUACCACUUAGGCAACUGUGACAGUGUUAAUCUUCUUCCUCACUCUUUUUGACUCGCUGUUUGGAUAAUGGCAUUGUUAUCUUGACUCUGUUUGCAGAAGGGAAAAAUUGGCCAUUUUUGAGGUCAGUUUCGUAAGUGAAAUAACAAUAUUUAAAUGCAGCACGAGAAGUUUGGCAACACGUGCUUUCUGCCACACCCUUUUGUCUUUGUCCAAACUCGCCUACUCUUUCAGCUUCACGGUUAGACGCAAACAGAAGUAGAGUCAGCGAGAUAAAGAGAGAGUGCGUGUGAAACAGUACCCGGCGAUGAAUACAGGAGAUUCCGGCGAUUUCUACAAUUCCGAUGACGCACUGCCUGAGGGCUGGACAGUCAAGGUCAAAGUAAGAAGCAGUGGUAGAAAAGAUAAGUGUUACUUUCCUCCCUCAGGUGAAGGUAAAUUCCACUCCAAACUUGAGGUAGUUCGCUAUCUUAAAAGCAGUCUUAAGUCGGAAGAGAUAGAAAAAGGCAUUGACAAGCACUUAAAAAAUGUUGUUUUUGAGAAAGCUGAACCAAAAGGGCUACCUCCAGGAUGGAUCAAAGAAAUCAAAGUGACGACGAAAGGUCAUAAAACCAGAAGAGACCCGUAUUACACAGAUCCUGUAAGUGGAUAUGUAUUCCGCUCUAUGAAGGACGCACUUCGCUACCUUGAAACUGGAGAGGUAGGAAGACAAGCAUUCAGGCCAAAGGAGAAAAGCGACAAUAAUGUAGAGUUGGAAGAUGAUAAAGUCUUUUCACCAGCUGCAUUGAAGAAACGAAAGUUGGCAGUCGCAACAAUGAGCCCAAGUGUAACUGACCAGAGCUCAAAGUUGCCUGACUUUGCUAAGGAUGAAGAUGUACUUAGUUCAGAUUGUACAGGAGAAUCUAUGUCUGUCCCUGAGCAUUCUGCUUGUCAUUGUGUCGCUGAGGAUCGAAUAAGCAUUUCAGAAGUACCAGCAGACGACAUCUCAAACCAAACAGUAGGAAAGAGUGAUCCUGCUAACAGUAUAGAUACUGCACUGGGCAUUCUUCCACAUGAGCACUCAAUGGAAAGUAGAGUGAUAAAGGAUGAAGCUAAAAGUACAGGACCUGGCAAAUCAAAGAAGAAAAAAGAACUUAAUCUGCCACGGCGGGUUUCAAAGCGGCUUGCUGGCCUGCCACUUGAUCCUACACCUCAAUUGAAAACAACAAAUCGAGCUCGUCGGGCUGCAGUUAAACAGUCUGAUGACAUAGUUGCAAGCACGGGAAGUUCUUCCCAUCCUGAACUUGACUCGAAGCUGGAUGUAAAACAUGCAUUUGAUACCUUCAAAAACCGGAAAAGGUCACUUGACACAAGUAAGAUUAGGCAUCCUAUUGAGAAGAUGGCUGCUCCAACUGAACAUGUGGGAAAACUAGAAACUGAAGAGAGGGUUGAUGGGAAGCCUGAAGAUGCUGUUGUUCCACCAACAAAGUAUCUAACAGGAAAAGAAAAUGAUGGUAACGAGAAGCAUGAACACACUGUUGUUUCUUCUUCAGGAUAUCUGGCCGUUAGAGAAGAAAAUAUUGGAAAAAUUGAAACUGCAAAUGUUGCUGAUGAGAAGUUAGGACUACCUAUUGACCUACCACUUGUGGAGUUAUGGCAAGAUCCUUGCAUAGCAUUUGCAAUAAGGACUCUCACUGGAAUAUCCUUUAACAAUACUGAAAGUGUACAAGCCUCAUCAGGGUCAAACAAUAGUGAAUUUGGGGGCGUGGCUACUUCAGAACAUGCUAGAAAAGACGAUGGACAGGAUGAGCGAGAGUGCAAGGGUGUCCUGUCUCUAGGUAACACAACUAAUCCACGAGAACUUGCUGGAGAGACUGAAAAUAGCGAUAGGGGUGAUGAAAAGCCAGGAUCCCCUCUUAACUUGCCUUUUGGAGGUGCAUGGGCAGACCCUUGCAUUGAAUUUGCAAUAAAGACACUCACAGGUGCAAUUCCAUUGGAUUCUGAUAUGGUCAUGCAAGAUUGUCUUCUAACGAAACCGAGCUCAUCACAAUCACAGGAUAGUUAUGACUUGACCUUGCAGAAUGUUUGUGAGCCUGGUCAAACCAAUUUUUUGUGUCAGCAAUUUGGCAUCUCAGAGAAGUCGUUAUAUAAUCAAGGGGCUUUAACAGAGCCUACAUUACCACACGCUACAAAUAUGAAUCCGGGAUUUUCCCUCCAUCAUCAGGAUAGUGACAAAAGAAGUAGAAACUGUCAACGAUAGGCAAUCCAGUAUAGUGAUCAAAUUGUACAGGUUGGUGAAAUUCAAACUGGAUUUGAUUAUUUUUGGGGAUGAGAUCUUCUGUAAUUGUCAUGUUAGCGGGAACGUUCACCUACUAAUCUGUUUGUAGUCAGAUAAUAACUUCUUUGUUUUGAUCCAUGUAUGGUAAAAAUAUUUGGAGGGCAGUUGUUUAGUUACUGUUCAUUUGUUUUAUUGU